GAGGACCUGUAGAUGGAGCUCUGAGCCCCCCCCCCCCCAUGCCUCCCUUCACUCUCAGAUGAUGCAGGGUCCAAGUGUGCCCAUCGUGGGAAUUACCGUCAUCGCCUCUGUGUUUUCCGGAUCCCCCUUGUGGGCCAUCCUCAUCUUCGUGUUUCUGGUGGCCAUGGGACUGAGCACCAUGAUAGGGAUCAUGCAGGGCCUCAUCACCCCUCUCCAGGACACCUUCUCUUCCACUAGGGAACAGCCAGAGCUGCUCGCAGGUACCCUGACCUAGGCCCCCACCCCCACUGACGGCCACUGCUGAGCUUAAUGAACCCCAGGGGACUCACAUGGCCCAGCGUGCAUUCUGAGUCUGAUUUGUUCCUCCAGUGGGCCUCUGUGUGCUCAUGUUCCUGGGCAGCCUCGUUUUCGCAAGGCCCUCAGGCAACUACUAUGUGACCCUGCUGGACGAUUACUGGGCACCUCUGUGCAUCAUCUGCAUCCUCAUCUUGGAGAACGUGGCCGUAGCCUGGAUCUAUGGGGCCAGGAGGUUCCUGGCAGACCUGACUGUCACACUGGGCCGCCCCAUCUUCCCCAUCUAUCGCUGGCUGUGGUGCUACGUGUCGCCCUUUCUGCUGCUGGCCCUGUUGGCAAGUACCCUCCUUUUCUUCCAACUGACUCCCACCACCUACCUGGCCUGGAACUCCAGCAUGGUGAGCCUCCCUCCACAGACCCCAGACCUCAGACACCCCCCUGACCUGCUCGUGGAGUGGCGGCAGAGUUUCCAACCCACUUUGGCCUGUGGGACUGUGCCAUCUUCUUCCCUGGGGAUUCGGUUAUCUAGUCUCUUGACUUGGGUCCUCUCCAACCCCCCUCUUCUGCAUCUCACUUCAGACAACCUGGACCCUCUCACCCUUCCUUCCCUUUCUCCACAGUCCACUGAAGUGAUCCGACAUUAUCCACCAUGGGCCAGAGUCUUGCUCACAGUCCUCGUUGUCCUUACCCUCCUGCCCAUCCCUGCCUACUUCUUGUAUACAUGCUUGCACGAGUGCUCCCCAGUCUCCAAGAUGGACUUGGACCCUGAAGACUAUUUAGCAAGGAAUGAUGGGGAGAGCGGAAGCUGA